AUGUACUUGGUCGGCCUCUCCCGCGGGGAGAUGCAGCUGAGGAAAUUUUUCCCCUUCCCGUUUAGGGUGCCUCCGGCAGGGGCCAUGGCAGCGGAGAAAGGCUCCUGGAGCAGUCUGACAACGCUGCAGAAGGUGGCCCUGGCGCUCGGUGUCCCCGCCAGCGGGGCGAUACUGUACAUCCUGUACCGCCGUUACCGGGAGAGCCAAGAGGAGCGGCUGACGUUUGUGGGCGAGGAGGAGCUCCAGGUGGAGAUGAAGAUCCCAAAGGAUGCCGUGAAGCUGCUCAUCGGGCGCCACGGAGCCAACGUCAAGCAGCUGCGGAAGGACACCCAGGCCCGUAUUGAUGUCGACGUGGAGGAGUCUGGCGAGGAGCGUCUGAUCCGCAUCUGCGGCUCCGCCGUCCAGGUGUGCAAGGCCAAAGCCGCCAUCCACCAGAUCCUGGAGGAGAACUUUGCCGUGACGGAAAAGAUCCUCGUGCCCCAGCGUGCCGUGGGGCGCAUCAUUGGCAGGGGCGGGGAGACGGUGCGAGCCAUGCACCAGAGCACGGGGGCCAAGAUCGAUUGCGACCGCGAAGGGAGUUUUUCGCUCACCCGCCAGAUCACGCUCUCUGGGACUCGCAAGGAGGUGCUAGCAGCUAAGAAACUGAUCGCGGAGAAGGUUUUGGAGGACGAGGCCUUUUACAGGAAGCUCUCGCACGUGGCUUCGGCCCGUUCCCAGCGGAAGCAGCCUCUGGGCACGAGGAAGGAGGACGCCGGCGGCAGCGGCGACCAGAGGGGGGGUCCUCCUUGCACCGGAGAAGCUUCCCGACUGCCACUGGAGACCCCACGCCUGGAAGGAGCCGCUGGGAAGAUCCCAGAAUAUCCCCCCGAGGAACCGAAGGAGCUGAGGAGCGAAGGCGGCUCCCCCGAGGAGUCCUCAUCGGAAACCCCUAGCCUGAGCUAUGCUUUCGAAGUCCCCAGCCCGGACUUCAGCUUCCAUGCCAAUGAGCACCUGGAGGUCUACGUCUCGGCCUCUGAGACCCCCAACCACUUCUGGAUCCAGAUCAUCGGCUCGCGCACCUUCCAGCUGGACAAGCUCACCCGCGAAAUGACGCAGUACUACGGCAGCGGCCUUUCGGCUCCCCAGCCGGAACCCCUGAAGGUGAACGUGGGGGACAUCGUGGCCGCCCCGUACCCCGAAGACCGCGCCUGGUACAGAGCCAGAGUCCUCGGCACGUUGGGCAAUGGAAACAUGGACCUCUACUAUGUGGACUUUGGAGACAAUGGAGAGGCUCCUUUGGAGAAGCUGCAGCCGUUACGGAGUGAUUUCCUCAGCCUCCCCUUCCAAGCGAUAGAGUGUGGCCUUGCCGGCAUCGCUCCAGCGGGAGAGUCCUGGUCGGAAGCCGCGUUGGACGAGUUUGACCGCCUCACACACUGCGCCAAGUGGAAACCGGUGCUGGCGGAGAUCUCCAGCUACCUGCCUGCUGGGAGCAGCACCUGGCCUCACGUCAGAUUGUACAAUACCACCAGCGGGCAGGACAUCGACGUCGGUGCAGAGCUGGUGCGGUUGGGCUACGCGGUGCAGUGCCUGCAGGAUGAAGACGGCGGGGCUGGAGAUGGGCCCGAUCCAUUGGACAAAGGUGCCCAGCAUAGAAGCCUGGGAGACACUACGGGGGUGUCACUGGAGAGCCUUCUCUCAGACACACAGAAGACCCCCGACGAGAUGCCCCUCACUUUGUCUUGCCUCAGCCUUUCCGGUGAGCCUGUCGAACGACCACGGAGUGAGAAGGAGCCCCCCCACUGCUUGGCAUCGACCGUGGAAGGUCUCCCGCCCUCGCUGGAGUCCCUGCAGCUCUCCCUCCCCUUUGCCACCCCCUCAGAGGGUUUCCCCUCCACACCUCGCUGUGAAACGGGGGGCGGUAGUGGGCGCUCCGAUUCGAACCCGCCUCCAGAAACACCCACUCAGGCAGAGGCGGCGACGGAGUUGGCCCCUCUGCAGGACAUUGAGCUGUGGGCGGCCAAAGCGGAACAGGCGUCCACCCCCAGCGGUCUUGGCCGACCCGGAGAGAGGGCCUCGUCCCCCUGGCUCUCGAGCGAAGGUUCCCCCGGCGAGGAGGACCUGUCCCUCAGCCAGCCGGACAGCAGCACCUACUCUCCCCGGGGCUACUUCUACUACCUCUCCUCGUCCGGGGACACUUCCGAUUCCUCCGUCUUCUUCUGCAAAGGGUCCCCCUCUCUCGACGACGGGUCUAGUGGCACGUCCUGCAGCCCCUCCAGCCCCGUUUCUGAAGGCAGCGGGAGGGAAGAAGUUGCCUCCAUCUCGGAGGGCGGUGACCUCCUCCCAUUGGACAGUGGCUCCUUGACCCCUUGAGUUGCGCAGGUGGGGAG